CCUCUGUCCAUAGACUCACAGCUACAGCCUACAGAGCAACAACAACAGAGCAGCAGCCCAUAUCCCCACUUCCCAACCUCCCUUUCCCCUCCUUCUGUUGUUGCUUUCUGGGGAGGUGUGGGGCGUGCGGCUUUCCUUCUUCUUACUUAUACACAUCUUCAUUUAUCUUCCCUCCAUUCCCAUUCUCACCUUUGCAAAAGAUUAUCAUCAAUGGCGGUUCUCUUUGUGGCGGUUCUGGUUCUUCUGUUGCUCGUCCUCUGUUUAUCCUCUGCUCUACUGUUGAGGUGGAAUGAGGUCAGGUUCAGCAAGAAGAAGGGUUUGCCCCCUGGCACCAUGGGUUGGCCCAUUUUUGGAGAAACCACCGAGUUCCUCAAGCAAGGCCCUAACUUCAUGAAGAACCAACGAGCAAGGUAUGGGAGUUUUUUCAAGUCCCACAUUCUAGGCUGCCCGACAGUGGUAUCGAUGGAUCCAGAUGUGAACAGGUACAUACUGAUGAAUGAAGGGAAAGGGUUGGUUCCAGGUUACCCACAGUCGAUGCUUGACAUCUUGGGGAAAUGCAACAUUGCAGCGGUUCAUGGCUCCACACACAAGUACAUGAGGGGUGCUCUACUUUCCCUAAUUAGUCCCACCAUGAUCAGGCGCCACUUGCUGCCGACAAUUGACCAUUUCAUAAGAACCCAUCUCUGCAAUUGGGAUUCACAAAUCAUUGACAUUCAGCUGAAAACCAAGGAGAUGGCAUUGCUUUCCUCACUUAAGCAGAUAGUUGGGCCCGAAUCUGGGUCGAUCUCGGGGGCGUUCAUGCCCGAGUUCUUCAAGCUUGUUUUGGGCACGUUGUCGCUCCCUAUCGACGUUCCUGGAACCAGCUAUCGACGCGGGUUCCAGGCUAGGAAGAGCAUCGUGAGCAUUCUCAGGCAGCUGAUAGUGAAGAGGAAGGAAUCCAAGGAGUCUCACUUGGACAUGCUUGGUUACUUGAUGAACACUGAAGAGAGCAAUAGGUACAAGUUGAGUGAUGACGAGAUUAUCGAUCAGGUUAUCACGAUCUUGUACUCGGGGUAUGAAACGGUCUCGACUACUUCGAUGAUGGCUAUUAAGUAUCUCCAUGAUCAUCCUAAAGUUCUUCAGCAACUUAGAGAAGAGCAUCUAGCAAUUAGAGCUAGAAAGAAGCCAGAGGAUCCACUUGACAUGGAUGACCUUAAGUCGAUGCGUUUUACCCGGGCGGUGAUAUUUGAGACCUCAAGGUUGGCUACAAUAGUUAAUGGGGUAUUAAGGAAGACAACUCAAGAAAUGGAAAUAAAUGGAUUUGUGAUCCCAAAAGGGUGGAGAAUCUAUGUCUAUACAAGAGAGAUGAACUAUGAUCCAUGCUUAUAUCCUGACCCAUUUUCCUUCAACCCAUGGAGAUGGCUGGAUAAGAGUUUGGAAUCUCAGAACUAUCUCUUCAUAUUUGGAGGGGGUACAAGGCAGUGCCCAGGGAAGGAACUAGGCAUAGCAGAAAUCUCAACAUUUCUACACUACUUUGUGACUAGAUACAGGUGGGAAGAAGUUGGAGGGGACACACUAAUGAAGUUUCCAAGAGUUGAAGCCCCAAAUGGGCUGCAUGUUAGGGUUUCUCAUCUAAACUAAUCAAAACCUAACCCUUUCCACGUGUAUAUAAGAGAUGAGGGGGGAGAGAGAGAGAGAGAGCUAAUGUAGCAGAAAGAGGGAGAAGGAAGGAGGUUGUACAUGAUCAUGUCCUAACCAGGUUAGAAAGUACAAUGGAAAACUCAGAAUUUCCAUUUUUUUUGGAUCUACAAAUUGGUACCGUGGAACUUGUUCUUGGCCCUACAUUGAUUUUUUUUCUUCCAAUCUCAAAGUUGCCUUCGAAUUACCUUGGCUAUGUUUGGUAAAUUGAGGGAAGAAUGAGAGAGUAACAUGAUGAGUGAUUGCCAUGUUCUUGAAUCAACUAAGGUCGAACAUUUAAUCACUAUUCAUGGAAAUGGAUCUUUUAGUGAAC